CCUCCCAACUUGAAAAAACACGUACCAGAGAAAAAGCAGAGCAAUUUCACAGAUCGAAAGCGAGAAAAGUUAGAAUUUCUUUCGUGAAGAGAGCGAAGUACUUCAAAGGCCGCAAUUACCCAGUAAUCUAGAGGAACAAUCCAUCAAUACCCACCAGAUAUUGAUUCAAAUUCUGUGCAUAAGAAAGAAGCAUUAAUGGCAUCACAUGUCGGAAGCGUAAUUCAGGAUCAGAACCUGCGUAUCCACUAUAAUGAAGCUUCGGCGGGGGGCAAGGCAAAUAUCUCCAAAGUAGUGAAAAAAGCGGGCCUUGGAAGGAAACCGCUUGGUGACUUGUCAAAUUCAGUGAAGCACUCUUUUAAUCAAGUUUCAAAGAAGCAGAAUUCCAAUAUUUUUUCCUUCACUGACGAAGAGACUGGUGUUUCUAAAAUCACAUUUGAGGCAAGCAAAAAGAAAUCAGUCUCAAAAGCGACAGAGAAAGUGCAGACUGGUGGCAGAAGAAAAGGGCUUUCUGACAUCUCAACUUCAGGGAAGCCAAGUUUGCAUGAGACAUCGAAGAAAAAUCAAGGUACAAAGCUGAAUGUUGUUGCAGAGGAAGGAUUUCUGCAUGAUCAUAACGACUGCAUGAAAUCACGGACAAGAGCUAUGGACGUGGAUGAAUUUCUCAAGAUACUUGGACUUAAUAAUGAUUUUUCUAAACAGCUGGAGACACCUUUGGCAACCCCAGGGAUAAGCAAUCAGAAGAUUGGAAGUCCCACAAGGCAAAUGAAACUGGAUGAGAUGAAUGAACCACUUGCUGGAACACAUAUUUCCUGGAAGCAUGAGUCGUUCAGUGAUCUCGAUUCACCUACUCGUGGAACCCCAAGAUCACCAAAUGCUCACAUGAGUUGGAUGGAAAACGAGCCCAUCAACUUUAAGUUGAUUGACUCUCCGUAGUUGCUUUGCCGAGCAUUAAAUCUCCCUGACUUUAAUGUUUGCUAUGGCGUUUAUUUUGUGGGUCACUACUACCGCAAAAUCUGUCAGUUUGUUUCUCUGCGCAGGUUGAAACCCCCUUUCAUCAUGCCUAUUUCUUUUGAAUUUGGGUAGUUUUAUCUUUCAGUAGCAACUACAACUAGACGAAGCUAAACAAUUCGUUAACAGGAUGAUGUUACCAUUGUUGUAGUUAUUUUUUUUUUACUGUAAUUGGAUUAUUGCAUCAGUUGAGGCAUUUAAAUGUUAAAUGCUUGCAUACUUUACGAA